AUGUCUGGGAAGAUGGUGGUGACCCAACCACGGCCCUUCAUCACGACCUCUUCAUCAGGCCAAUGGACCUCCAGCAUCUGCGACUGCUUCGAAGAUCUGCCCCAGUGUUGCUUGGCCUUUUGGUGCUUUCCCUGCUUCACCUGUAAGACAUCAUACGAGGCCGGGGAGUGUGUGUGUUUGCCCCUGCUGGACUCUUUCGGAAUCAUCCCGCCUAUAACCACAGCCAUAAGGGUGUCAGUGCGCCAGAGAUAUGGCAUCGAGGGCACGAUCUGCAGGGACUGCCUGUUCGCCUGCUGCUGCGGGCCCUGCAGCUGGUGUCAGAUAGCGAGAGAAAUCAAGAUGAGGACCAACCCCAUUACAUUCGUCAGCAUGUCAACCUGA